AUGAAGCUCACCUUCCAAUUCGUACUUGGUCUCCUCAUCGCCUCGAACAUUGCGUACGCCUCGCGUCUUGUGCACUCGGUGCGCUCGACUCCGAUCCCUUUGGAGCGUCGCAACAUGCUGAUCCUGGACAACAACGUCUUGAACUUUGCCGCUAUGAACCGUCACUUUAAGGCUCUUGACCGCAAGUUCUCGUCCGCCAUGGACAACUACGAGCGUAACACGGGCCACAUCCACCCUUUCAAGGUUGCCGUGCACCCUAAGAAGCGUGGAAAGUGGGACGGUGGUGAUGACGGCGAUGAUGACGACGACAACGGGAGCGAUGGCGGCGGCUGGGGCGGUAACGGAGGAGGCCGUGGCAGCGGCGGUGGUAACGACGGCAAUGGAUCUGGCUCUGACAGUGGAGGCGGAAACGGCAUCGGUUGGGGUCCUGACGGCGGCGAUGACGGCGGCGAUGGAAACGAUUCGAAUGGCGGAGACGGAUCCGGCAGUGGCUCUGGUAGCGGCUCCGGCAGCGGCUCUGGUAGCGGCUCUGGCUCUGGCUCUGGCUCCGGCAGUGGUUCUAGCCCUGGUUCUGAUGGUCCUGGCGGCUCUGGCAACGGCCCUGGCAGUGGAUCCGGCGGCGGCUCCGGUAGCGGCUCUGGCAGUGGCUCCGGUGAUGGCGACGGCGGCGGCGACGGCGACGGUUCUGACUCGGGAGAUGGUUCCGGCUCUGGCUCUGGCUCUGGCUCCGAUGAUCCGAGUGGUUCUGGUAGCGGCAACGGCACGACAAGUGGCAACAGCACCAACAGCGGUCAUGGCGGCAAUGUCCCUCUGACCGACAUUCGUAAGGAGCAGCUCUGGGCCGGCAAGAUUUCUUUUGGUGGCCAGUCGUUCCUGAUCGACUUUGACACCGGUUCGGCUGACACGCUGGUGAACCAUGGUGCUUACGAUCCCAAGAAGUCGCACUCGUCUAAGGAAACCCACAAGUCCUUCCGUGCCCAGUACGGAGAUGGAACAACUGCCUCGGGCAACAUCUUCACGGACGAGUUUGAGAUUGGUGGUCUGAAAGCCAAGGACGUUGCGAUUGGCGUUGCCACGAGUGACUUCCUCCGUGACCAGGACGGCAACCAAGGCAUCAGCGGAAUGUCGUUCCCUUCGAUCCAGACCUUCCCCAAGGACUAUCCUCCCUUUAUGGUUUCGCUGAAGAAACAGAACGCGGUGCAGCAGUCCGUGUUCCAGUUCACGAUCAAGCGGGGCUCGGGUUCGACGUUGCAUCUGGGCAGCGCGGACACGUCCAAGGGCAAGGGCGGAUUCAAGUACACCAAGGUGGAUCCUUCGCUUGGCUUUUGGGUCGCUGAUGCGUCGAUCAACGGCAAGUCGAUUAAGGCGAUCGUUGACUCUGGCUCGACGAUCAUCAGUGGUCCUCGUAACCAGGUGAACGAAGUGUUGAGCACGAUCCACGGUCUGACGCCCAUACACCAACAAGGCAUGACGCUCUACACGUUUGAGUGCACACAGACGCCCGACGUCAAGAUUCACAUCGCUGGUCUCGAUGUGAAGCUUGGCCACGACCAGACGCGUUACGGUCAGGAUGGUCAGGGCCGCUGCGUGCUUCCGAUUGCCAGCAUGGGUAACAUGCCGAUGAACGCGUGGAUCCUGGGUGACACCUUCUUCCAGAUGACCUCGAUUGUGUUCGACAUGGAGCAGAACCGUAUGGGUUUUGCGCUCCAGGCUUCGGCUUAG